AGUACUGUCCACCUUACAUUCUGCCUUUACCACUUGCCAAAGGCUACCACCACCAAUCACGGCGGAGAAUGUAUGGGGGUGGUGCUCUUAGUCCGCCGAUUUAACGUCCGAAGCUGCUUUGAAGCGAAUCCUCAGAAGCCAUGCCUGCGUGGCAGCAGCGGUUGCUGCUGCUGCUGCUCGUGCCUUGUGUUGUAUUAGUGCCGGUGGAUGCCGAUGUUUGUCUCGAUGGAAAGCACUGCGGCGCUGCCCAAUGCUGCCUCUAUUCGUCCGGGUGGGAUUGCUGCCGCUGGGAGAAGAUUGCUGAACAAAGUGACGUCAUUCCAGCAGUCGCUCUCCUUCCUGCGGAAUCUGAAGACUCCAUCGACUGCUCCGGCCCCAUCUGCUUGCACAGUGGAGAACCGCUCUGCUGUCCUGCCCCAGCAGGUGUUUGCUGCACCGAUGGAAGAGCAUGCUGCGCUGCAAACAACACAUGCAUCACUGUUGAGGACAUGCACGUGUGUUACCCUGAAGGUGGCUGGAAACGCACAGGUCAGCCGACAAGUGCAAGCCCAAAACAGCAUCAGGAAGGCUGCAUGGAUGACAGAGGCUGUCCGAAGGACAAACGUUGCCGGGGAGUGAGUGGCAGUCAUCUGGGCCAGUGCCAACUCUCAGCCGAGGUCAACCCCUGGGCAAAGAUGGAGGUGGCACUGCCCACCCUUAUGACAACUGCUGCAGCUGUUGUCACCAAGGCUGCUUCCCUGCCCUGGGAGAAGCAAGUGAACAGUGUCUCAUGUGCAAAUCGCCGGUACUGCCCCGGCGACAGCACAUGCUGCUGCCUCCCUGCUGGAUCGUGGGGAUGCUGCGGUGUGCCAAACGCGGUGUGCUGUGCCGACGGAGUGCACUGCUGUCCAGCUGGGCACGUGUGCAUGGAAAAAUACUGUAUGAAGUCCAGCGAGGAAAAUUCUGUUUUGGUGAAACCAUAAAGAUUUCAUACUGGCAGCCUAACUUCUCAACAGCUACAUCCCUAUGUAACUUUCCACCAGUGCUGAAGUUGUAUGCAUCAAAAGCCACUCCCAUCAAUGCCCCGACUCCAAUUUUAACACACAGUGAAACUCCUUAUGAACCCUCCUAUUAUUUGGGUGAAAUUAUGCAUGUGUGGUAUUCUUGUAUGUUGUAGAAGGCAACAAGUUUCUUUAUUGAAUUUCUAACAGCGCACACUUGGUCCUUAACACGAAGGGGUAAUGGCCCCUUCUACCCACAACCUGUGGAAGUACAGCCUCCGGGCUAUCGUACCCUUAACUGCUAGGCUGACUACCCCUAUAGCCCUCCAGCUAGCUGGAUCUAAGGGAGGCUGACCCACCGCUGGCACCGGUGGGUCCCUGACCACUGGCCCAUCCAGACCCGGUCCUGAGAAGGACGUCGGGCUGAGGGAACCUCAGGGUCCUAGCCUACCGACCACUGGCACCACACUGAGCCCCGGUCCUGACACGGACGUCGGGGCAAGGGGUCCAGGGUCUUCUCUCCAGAUGGGUCCCCGACUUCGGCUUGAGGCGAACUGCCUCCUCCUCCUCUCAAGAUCUCGCCUUUUUAUGGGAUUCCCGACCGAGGAGCGGGGUUCUGUGGGAUCACAGAUCCCACAGAGCCCCCUCCCCUCAGGAGGGGUCCUGUCGAUAGGUAACCCAACCGGUCUGUACUUGUCUAUGCCGUUUCCCGCCCGAAGGGCAGGGCUGUGCGGAAUGACACACACUCCACAGCCUCUUCCCCUCAGGCGGGGUCUUGGUCCGGGGUGACACCAACCCCGUACAGGUAAGUAUAAUUUUUCGUGUGCAUGUUCCAGUGUGAUCACCACACAUGCAUUAGCGUUGUCCAUCGGGUCAUAAUUCUCUGGAAAACAUUUGUCAAUAAAAAUGUAAUGUUAAUAUAAAGUUAUGUUGAUAUUACGGGCGUAUCCUGCAGCACACCAUUCAAAUUGAUCAAGGGGGUUUCUGAGAAAUUGGCUGAAAACACCCAAGCGAUAGUGAAGAAACCUUUUCAGUCAUGGCGGACCUCGCCUCAUUUGCUGAUGACAUCAUUACUUCGUGAGGUCACCUCAUCAUGUGUGGGAAUCUCUUGAUAUCACACCUCAUGUGCUUUUUAAGGACACGCGUGUUGGAAAGCGUUACAUAUUCAAUGUGUAUGCAUGAUUUUUCCUUUGUUAAUAUUGCUCGUGUUUUUUUGCUCGGGUAAGAGGAGUAAUUCAGAAUUCAUGGAAAUUAAUUCAUAAAUUCAUCAUUCGAGUGUUGGUCAUGGCUAACAGUGACAAGUGAUAUCUUAACCAGCUGCGAGUUUUUAUCCAACACACAUUGUGGGCAGCAAAAAGAAAUAGUGCAGUAAUUUGCUUUGUUGUACUGUACUAUGCCCACCUUUACUAACCUGCACUGGCUAGCAUGGUGAAGUACAAUAACUUAAUCCUCACAACGAAGAUAUGAUCAGUACUGGUGUGGGGGAGGACCAGUGGCAAGGAAUCCAACUCCGAUUAAAAGGUUCAUUUAAAACAAAACUUCCCUAAACUUCCUCAAUAAAGUACACUCUUGCACACCUA